UGUGGGAGGGCUGCAGGGUACUGGGUAGGGUAGGAGGACAGGCCACAAGUGAUGCCUGGUAUUUCUUCCACUGCCCCCAUGCUUAAGGCUGCAUUUCUGUCCGUGGUCCAUCUGGUAGUCUCCAACAUUACAAACAGCUGCUCCUGCUCAUCAGCCUGAGGUCUGUGCCCUCAUCUACUCCGUCCGUCCUCAAAGUCUGCAUCACCAGUCCCUCUACCCUGAUCUCUGCCAAGGAAUGAAAAAAGGGGAAAGAUAGGGAAAUAGUCAUUAUAGUUGAUGAAAACGUUUAAGUUUUCUUUCAAGUUGAAAGAGUUUGUUUUAUUCUGAUCAAUUGACAGAUAGUGGAUUUGAUCCCUCAACACAUCAAGCCAACUGGUGAGAGACUCAAUUUUCUGCCCCAGUGGAGAGAGAUAAACAGCUUUCUGUCUGGACUCUAGACGAGAGACUCGACAUUGGGGGACAAACCCAGUCAUCUUUAGCCAGGACACUGAAAGAGACUAAGUUUGCUGCUUUACCUUGAGAGACACAACCUUCUGUGUCAAGACAAGACGAGCAGUUUUCUGUCUAAACAGAGACACACAGCCUAGAAAGAGAGACCAAUACCUCUGGAUUUCACCCUCUCAGGGACAGUUUUUUGCCUUAAUACAGAAACGGAGAUUACGACUGUUCUACUACAAUAUUCCUUACCCCUAAUAUUGCGAGUCCUUCACUUUUCUUCCCUGUCACCUGAACACUGAGAAAACCUUUCUGCAUUAUCAUUUUUAACAGAAAAGGCACCAGCCGGGUCUAAGCAGCUGCAUCUCAGGCCGUUCCAGAGGUGUGUGUGGUGUGUGACGGGUGAUGGCCGACUGGAGUCUACUGGGAAACUUCUUGGAAGAGGUGCAGGAACACUCCACGUCUGUGGGCAAGGUGUGGCUCACCAUCCUCUUCAUCUUCCGUAUUCUGGUCUUGGGCACGGCCGCCGAGUCGUCGUGGGGCGACGAGCAGGAGGACUUCACCUGCGACACGGAGCAGCCCGGCUGCGAGAACGUUUGUUACGACACGGCCUUCCCCAUCGCCCACAUCCGCUACUGGGUGCUGCAGAUUGUCUUCGUGUCCACGCCGUCGCUCAUCUACAUGGGCCACGCCAUGCACACGGUGCGCAUGGAGGAGAAACGCCGGCGCAAGGAGCAGGAGGACCAGGGGGGAGGUGACGGGGAGGAAGGAGGGGAAGGAGGAGAGGAGAAGCAUUAUCUGGAGCACGGGGAAGACAAGGGGGGAGAGUGCGGGAAGGAGGGCAGCGGCAUAGGGAGGGUGCGUCUGCGCGGGGCGCUGCUGCAGACUUACGUGUUGAGCAUCCUGAUCCGGACGCUAAUGGAGGUGGUCUUCAUCGUGGUGCAGUACAUCCUCUACGGCGUCUUCCUCAACGCCCUGUACGUGUGCCACAGUCGGCCCUGUCCCCACCCGGUUAACUGUUACGUCUCGCGGCCCACGGAGAAGAAUGUGUUCAUCGUGUUCAUGCUGGCCGUGUCGGGCGUGUCGCUGUUUCUCAGCGCCGUGGAGCUCUACCACCUGGCCUUUAAGCAGUGUCAGAGGUUUCUGAGGAGUAAACGACAACAGCAACAACAGCAACAUCAACUGCUACAAGGACGCACGCCCUCAAGUGCUACGGUCAUAGCCGCUGAACCGGACAGCCCACCCCGUCCGUCCAUGCCUUGCACCCCGCCCCCAGACUUCAGCCAGUGUGUGAGCUCUUCCCCUCACACACACCCCAUGCACACCCAAUCCCACCCCCAUCCUAGCUGCCCUCCCUUCAACAACCGGCUGGCCCACCAGCAGAACUCAGCCAACAUGGCCACUGAGCGCCACCGUGUUGUCCACGAUGACCUGGUGAAGGAAGACUUCCUGCACAUGACCUAUGAGGGGCACGCCGACACGCCCAACGCCUGCACCCCGCCCCCUUCGCUGCUCCAAAACGGCUUCCAAAAUGGCUACCUGAAAGACAAGAGGCGUCUGAGCAAGACCAGCGGCUCCAGUAGCCGUGUGCGACCCGAUGACUUGGCUGUGUAGCCCCAAUUCCCAACACACACACUGUUCCUGGAAUGUUUCAAACACACACACACACACACACACACACAGAAGACUGGGAUGACUAUGGCUCGUCUGUUGUCGGGGACUAAUUUGAGCACUGCAUGGCACAAGUCAACAAAGUUACAAAGUAUCACAAGUCAUGAAACAGAAUUCUCGAGCUAAUCAGAAGUUCUGAAAUAUGGAUGCUUGAGGAACAAUUGACAUACACAUUGGCACUUAGAUAUCAUUAGUAUGGGUCUCAGUCAUGGUUUUGAGACAUGGAUCCACGGGCACGACACAGCUGUAGAGGGGUUAGUGCCUUCAUAUUUAGCCCUCAGGACUAAUCCCUAAUGUGACUGUCUGAGACAUCUGUCUGGAUGCGUCCUAAAUGGCACCCUAUUGCCUAUAUAGCGGCAGGUAGCCUAGUGGUUAGAGUGUUGGGCCAGUAACCAAAAGAUGGAAUCCCCGAGUUGACAAGGUAAAAAUCUGUCAUUCUGCCCCUGAGCAAGGUACUGUUCCCUGAAGACGUGGAUAUUGAUUAUGGCAGCCCCUCACACCUCUCUGAUUCAGAGGGGAUGGGUUAAAGGUGGAAGACACAUUUCAGUUGAAUGCAUUCAGCUGACUAGGUGUCCCCUUUACUUUUAACCAGGGCACAUAUAGCUUUGGUCAAAAGUAGUGCACUAUAUAGGAGAAUAAGGUGCCAUUUGUGACAGAGACAUUGACUGCUGUCUCUGAGUCUCUCCCUGAGAGACAGUGGGGCCUUGUGCCAAACCUGAGAAUGAGUGUGUCACUGCCACACUAUCAGCUCUGUGACACUGACUGGCUGCUGGGGACAGCUAAGUGCGACAGAUGACAGCCAGUCUGUUGCUCAGAGAGAGAGAGAUAUGUGAAGGACGGCUGCCUGUCAGUGACCCACAAACGCACGCUUAGACAAAUGCUCUACACGUGUAGGCUUGCGCUCUCUCACGCACGCACACAUACACAUACAAUACAUUUACAGAGGCACGCAGACACUUUCAUUGGCAUACAAUACAAACGUGCAGACACACCAUGGGAAUCCUGAUGUUGUAAUCACCUCCCAAAACCACUUCCCAAAACCAUUGUUACUAACUUUGCAAUUGAAAACACUGGUAAUCAAACAACUUCUAGAACAGCUAAGUGUGUCAGAUGCUUUUUCGCCCUUAUACACAGAGAUAUCUGCUAAACUUUGAAUCACAGUGUGAUAGUGUCUCUGUGACAUCGAUAACUUCAGAACAAAGUUGACUACAAAUACAAAGAUGCCAAUGUGUUUGCAAUUGAUACAAACAAGGGAUGUAGAAAAAUAUGCUUCAAAUGAAAAAUGCAGUCAAGAUGACUGCAUUAAAAUAUAAAGAGUAGGCUAUAAGGCCUAUAUCAAUAAUAUGUUAUAAAAUGUUCAAAUAAUUGAGUUACAUUUUGCUCCUGGGCGCAACUUUGGUUUUAGAAACGGGGGGGGGGGGGGGCAUAAUAAAAAAAUUAAAAUAAAUUAUCCUAUCGGAUAAACACUCCAAACAGCCUACCCAGCAGCUCGGAGGUGUCCGCAUGGUCCUAAAGCACACCCCUGCAUCAUUUUGAAUCAUAUUCCAAAUGCAAUUCCAGAAUGUCCCCCCAUCGCCAGUGAAAGUUGCACCCCUGAUUUUGCUACUUGUAGGCUACUGUCAGUAUUUGUCUCAACAUAUUCACACAUACGCAAUGAUGUGUCAAAUCGGUGAUUUAGUGCAUUUUCAUUGGGUAAGCAUUAUUCAUAAUAAGCUGCCUUAAUAUUUGCAGCAGUAGGUGGGAAUAUCUCUCCAGGAGCUGAUCCGUUUUCAGUAUUGUGAAAUAAUUAUAACGUUAAGGAAAUAUUUGAACGGAGAAAGCUGAUCCGAGAGCAGCGCUCCCUUUCUUUCGAGCCUAUCAGGAGCUACACAAUGCUCCAACGAUGUACUUUGCGACCGUUCUCUCUGCGUGGUGUUUUGACAGAAGCAUGAUACAUACAUCGCUAUCGGAAAACCGGGCGGAGACCUUGAACGUGAUCUUGCCAAACAAGUGUAUGUCUAUUGUCAAGGAAAGACCGCUUUAAUUUAUCACUGUCAGCUCGUGAGUUAGGAGACUGUGAAAGUAAUAGGACCUAUCUUUUUUACCUGGCAAAGUAUGUGGUCGAAAACUGAAAACGUUUUGCACUGGUUUACCGAAUCUGUGUGUGUAGUGUUUUACAACAUCUCAGAUUUAUGUUUUGAAAUGUUUAACUAAAUCUAACUGCUAAUUCACAAAAAAAAAACGUUGUCUAGCUCAUUUUCAAUGCAUCUUUGUUUAACGUGAAUGAUUGUAUUGGGGUGGUGUCAUUGCAAUCACAUUUUUGUAAACUUCGCACUUUAGCAAAAAACAAUGAAAAUAUGUAUCGUUAGUGUUCCAAAUGUUUUCAUGUUUAUUUUAUAUGUAAAAGUAGAUAUUGUCUGCCAUUAAAAACACAUUUACCCGUGACACAUGAUAGGAAUUUGCAAGCUAUGUCUUAUCUACUAAUAUUUUAAGUAGAGCGAUUCUAUUUUACACACUGAUGACAACGUUCACUGUUCUACCUGCACUAUAUUGUAUAUUGACUGUGUACGGUAAAGACCACUGAUCCUCUUCGUACUAAUUGUGACAAAAUGUAAAACAAGCACAAACUCAAUAUAUACACCCCAUAUGUAUCAUGCACUGUAUUUGACUGAUAUAUUCUAACCUAUGAACACACUUCAGAUGUAUUUGGUUUGAUUGGGAUUUUAUUUUACUGGCUUCUUAUCGAGCAACAGGGUCAAUCAUUUGUUGAGUUUCAGUAUCAAUUUCCAUUUGUCCUUAUCUUCUAUAACCCCUCUUUAUAGCCAUAUUUAAUCUGUGUAUAAAACAAGAGGCAUGAACGCCAGACUUUCACAGCUGCAGGACAAAUUUACCAUCGCUAAAAUUAGCCGAGGACAAAGUCCUCUUGACCAGGCUGCUCUCUGGAAUGCUGGGUAAUUAUAGUGUCUUGGUGGACAUUCGGAGCCAGAGAACCUUGAGAAAUGAUUCCCAGCGUUAAAGUUUUGAUAAUAGGCAGGCUAGGGAAUUAUUCCCAAACGUUUCCCAGGGCACGGCCUGGACGGGAGCCAAUGAAAAUUCCAUGGGGGGGUUGGUUAGCCUAGUGGUUAGAGUGUUGGACUAGUAACCGAAAGGUUGCAAGUUCAAAUCCCCGAGCUGACAAGGUACAAAUCUAUCGUUCUGCCCCUGAACAGGCAGUUAACACACUGUUCCUAGGCCGUCAUUGAAAAUAAGAAUGUGUUCUUAACUGACUUGCCUAGUUAAAUAAGGGUAAUAAUAAAAAACAUACAAUGAG